GGUGAUGUUCCCUGUUUUCCUGGGUGAGCAAAUACCCCCUGAUGUGCUGGCAGCCACACUGGCAGAAUUGGAUGCUAACCUGCAGUUGCUCGAGCACAAGUUUCUCCAGGACAAGGCUUUCCUUACUGGGUCCCACAUCUCCCCUGCUGACCUGGUAGCCAUUACAGAGCUGAUACAUCCUGUAGGUGGUGGCUGCCAA